CGGAAUUGUCGUGAUAAUCACAUCGCAUAGCGCAUAUAUCGGAUACACCUGAGUAAAUCUAUGUGAUACAAAACAGUCAUUUUAGUCCAUUUAAGUAGAACAUAGGUAUGUAGCUUCAGUGAAGUGGUAAAUGUUCAUUGACAAUAAAGCGUAUGGUCGAGUGGUCGCGAGGCUUUUGCGGAAGGCAGUCGCAGAGAGGCAAGCGCGCGCGCAUCUUGCGUUAUAACCUCGCGCGGAUAGUUUCUAUUUUAUUUUGUGCGUGUGUAUUUGUGUUUAUUAUAGUGGAAUUAACUUUGUAAACAUGAAGUUACAUUUUAAAGUUUUUGACGCGAUUCCGGCGAGGUUUAAUGUGGCGAUCAUGUUGUUUUUCGCUUGUUGGGUGAACUACAUGUUGCGAGUGAAUAUGAGUGUCAACAUUAUAGCUAUGGUGCCAGAGGACAAGUCAUCAAAAACGGUGGAAAGCGAAUGCAAGGCCAUCGCGAAUGCUGACAUUUUAUUACAUAAUGAUUCUAUGGUCGUCACAAAGGCAGAGCCGAGACAGCCGGACGGUGUAGUAAAAUUUGAAUGGACGACGCAAGAACAGGCAUAUGUAUUAUCGGGGUAUUUCUGGGGGUAUGCUAUUACCAGCUUGCUGAGUGGAACUGCGGCUGAGCUGUGGGGCCCUCGGCGGGUUGUACUCAUCACGAUGCUUAUCAGCGCCAUACUGACGAUACUUAGCCCGCAGGCAGCGAGACUGCAUUAUUUGGUCUUGGUUAUUGUCCGUUUUCUGAUAGGACUUGCGGCGGGUUUCUUAUUCCCGGCGCUACACGCGUUAGUUGCCCACUGGGCGCCACCAGAUGAAAAGGGAAAGUUUGUGAGCGCUCUGCUAGGCGGCGCUAUAGGGACGGUAGUCACGUGGUCUCUCUCCGGACCACUGAUUGAGAAAUUCGGCUGGGAUUAUGCAUUCUACGUACCAGGAAUAAUUGCUGCAGUAUGGUGUGUGGCUUGGUGGAUACUUGUGUACGACUCCCCCGUCCAACAUCCCAGAAUUACUGAGAAGGAAAGAGCUUAUAUCUUAGGAGCUAUUGGCGAUAAAGUUGUUAGUUCCAGCCACACGAAGAUAGUUCCGCCUUUCCGUAAAAUUUUCACAUCGCUACCGUUCCUGGCCAUGAUUGUUUUGCACUAUGGUAACAAUUGGGGCAUGUACUUUGUGAUGACAGCGGCCCCCAAAUACGUGUCUAGCGCACUUGGCUUCAAUCUAACGUCUACUGGCACUCUGUCUUCAUUACCGUAUUUGGCUAGAAUGAUCUUCUCUCUCAUCUUUGGCGCUAUUGGUGACAGGAUUGUGAAGCAAAAUAUGGUAUCGACCACCUUCAUGAGGAAGUUCUUCUGUCUAUUCUCUCACGUAGUUCCUGGGCUACUUCUAAUCGGUCUCGGUUACACGGGUUGCGCUCCCAUACUCUCUGUGGCUCUUAUCACCUUCUCAAUGGGUUCGAAUGGCGCGGCCACACUAACCAACCUUGUCAACCAUCAAGACUUGGCACCGAACUUUGCCGGAACAUUGUACGGUAUUGCGAAUGGCAUCGGCAAUACCGCUGGUUUCGUCACACCUUUGGUCACGGCGUAUUUCACCAAGCAUGGCAACGGCUUUGCGGAUUGGCGACCAGUCUUUUUGACCGGUGCUUCCCUUUACAUAAUAUCUGCGGGCUAUUUCAUACUCUUUGGAACCGGAGUUACGCAAUCUUGGAACUAUGUAGAACCAGCCGAAGAGGAAAACAAGAGGCCCAGUGCAAAUUCUAAUGACACCACAGUUACCGUACAGAUAAAAAAUUAAAAUUUAAAUUAGAUUAAACAUCUGGUUAAGUUAUUAUAAGUGAAGAGUACAGGAAGUGAUAAAAUUAUUAAAUUUUUUUAAUUGCUUGCCACACCAAAAAAUUACAAUAAAAUAAAUUAUAAUUUCAAAUGUUUAAACAAUGCAUAAUGAGAAUUGUAUGUUCACUUGUGUUUCUUGUUCAAUUAUAUUACGUUAACAUUGUGUUACAUAUUGUCGAAUUUAAAGCAAUUGUUUAGUUAAGUCUAAGCUAAGUCACUUAUAUUCAGAUUAAAAUAUUCAAGAGAUCUGAAUGUUGCUCAUAAAAUCUUUUUACAAGGGUAGCUGUAGAAGUAAGUUCUGUAAAGAGAUAAAAUUUAAAUCCAUGUUUUUUUCUAAAAAUGUUUGUAUCAGGUUUAAACUUAAAAUAUAAAAGAAAUAGGCCUAUUUAUAUUCUACAUAAGACAAAGGAAGAAGAACAUUAAGAAAUCAAAUUAGUUAUGUCUUGUAAUUAUUUUUAAUGGACCGAUUUCAGUUUUUUGUGAUUAAGUGAUUAAAAAUGAUUUGCAGUGACAGAUAAUGUUGGUAUUCUAUGUUGUUAAAGUGUACUUGACUUAAGUUUUAUUUUAGUAUUUAAAUCCUGUACAUAGGUAUACAUAUAAAAAAACAGCAAUUUCAACUGCUUCGAAAUCUAAUUAUAUUUAUUUCGGAUGUUUCGAAAGUGACUAAAAAAAUACUAACUUCUGUGCAUUAAAUUACCGUAUUUUAAUCAAUGAUAUUAUGUAUGCGACUGUGAUGUGUUAUAAAAUGUAAUUGUAUGUUAUUUAAAUGUAAAAUUAAAUUAUUUAUACU